AUGACGUUAAGUGAAAGGAUAUCCCCACCGCCUCCUCCCAUGGCCAGGGCUGCACCCCCACCAUCCUACGCUCCAGCGCCUGCCCGUGCCCCUCCGUCCGCCAUGGCUGCCCCAGCCGCUGCUGCUCCCCGGCAGCCAGGCAUGUUUGCGCAGAUGGCCACCACAGCCGCGGGGGUAGCCGUUGGCUCAGCCGCAGGGCACAUGAUCGGCCACGCAAUGACUGGAGGGAUGGGUGGAGGCGGGGGAAGCCAGGAGGCUGCCAAGCCUGAUGUCACCUACCAGGAGCAGCCCCAGCAGUACCAGCAGCAGUACCAACAGCCACCCAUGUACCAGCCAGCACAGUAUCAGCAGCAGCCCCAGUCCAUGUUCCAGCAGGAGCCUGCUCCACAGCAGGGAACCUGCUCCUACGAGUUCAAGCAGUUUAUUGAGUGUGCUCAGACCCAGAGUGACCUGAAACUCUGUGAAGGCUUCAGCGAGGUGCUCAAGCAGUGCAAGUUAUCCAAUGCAACCAGUGAUCCGGGUCAACAGCAUCAAUGUAACAGUAUAACUUUAAACCGUCCCCUCGACACAGGCGCGAACCAGGGACCCUCUGCACACAUCAACGACGGUCGCCCACGAAGCAUCGUUACCCAUCGCUCCACAAAGGCCACGGCCCUUGCAGAGCAAGGGGCAACCCUACUUAAAGUCUCAGAGCAAGUGACGUAACUGAUUGAAAUGCUACUAGCGCGUACCCGCUAACUAGCUAGCCAUUUCACAUCCGUUACACUACCACACAUGCCCCCUGGAGUCCCUCUCAUCUGUCUCCAUCUCAAUGACUUCACUAAAUCACUAAAUCACUAAAUUCACUAAAUCGAUCAAGUAAAAACUACAAAAUAUGUAAAAUGUUCCCUAAUGUAAUGUUUUUUUAUUUUCCUCCACAGGGAUGUCCUGAGGGAGACGAACAACCCCAUCAACGCUGAACACACAUACACACAAUACUACUAAACAAGUCAUUUGUUUUGACAGUUGAUCAAAUAACUUAAUCAUAUGAACAAUAAAAGCAUUUCUCAGGUUGAUGCUGUGAAGCUUGUAAUAAGUUAUGUUUAGAUUUUUUUUGCCCUUUGUCCACCCAUUUCCAUCAUAUCUGGAUUAGGGUUGUACAGUCACAAUUUGCUUGUAACAAGCAUAGGAUCUAAUAAAGCUGAUGUGAAUCACAUUAAAUAA